AUGUCAAUUUUAGAGAAUUUAUUUAUCUUCACAAAUGAUAAUAUCAUUGUUAAUUAUUUGCGUAGUGUUAAAUUAUAUCCUUCAGUAGAAGCGUCAUUUUGGGAAGCAAACCAAGAUGAUAGCCAGCAUUCGCAACAGGAUGGCACAAAACCUAAAAAAAGUAAAUGCACACAAGAUAAACAGUUAUCAUAUGAAGAACAAGAGGAGUCGUCAGUGAUCCCAUUUUUCUCUAGUAUUUUAAACGAAAGAUCUACAUGCCCACUAUUAUGUGAUCCGCUAAUGGCUCCCCCAUACUAUGCUGAUCUUGGAAAGAAGGCCAAUGAUGUCUUCAGCAAGGGCUAUCACUUUGGAGUAUUCAAACUCGACCUCAAGACCAAGAGUGAAUCCGGUGUAGAAUUCAGCAGUGGUAUCAUCUCCAACCAUGAAAGUGGCAAGGUUUUUGGUAGCCUUCAAUCUAAAUAUGCAGUGAAGGACUAUGGUCUUUCAUUUACUGAAAAAUGGAACACAGACAACACACUGGCCACUGACAUUACUAUCCAGGAUCAACUUGCAGCUGGUCUGAAAGUAACUCUUGAAGGAACAUUUGCACCACAGACAGGGUACAAGACUGGUAAGCUGAAGACCUCAUAUGUCAAUGAGACUCUAGCUCUCAACAGCAAUUUGGACUUAAAUAGGGCUGGUCCCACUGUUGAUGUUGCUGGUGUACUACACUUCCAAGGCUGGCUUGCUGGUGUACACACACAAUUUGACUCACAGAAGUCGAAGUUCACCAAGAACAAUGUUGCUUUUGGCUAUCUUACUAAUGAUUUCAACCUCCACACCAACAUUGACAAUGGUAAGGAAUUUGGUGGCUCCAUCUAUCAAAAGGUGAGCGAGAAGAUUGAUUGUGGUGUAAGCAUGAAAUGGACUUCUGGAACAGCUGAUACCCUGUUUGGUGUUGGUGCUAAGGUAGCAUUAGAUGCUGAUGCCUCUCUCCACGCUAAGGUCAACAACAAGUCCCUUAUUGGUCUUGGAUAUCAACAGAAGUUGCGCCCAGGUGUGGUAUUGACUUUAUCAGCUGCCAUCGAUGGCCAGAACUUUAAUGCCGGAGGACAUAAAGUCGGAGUCGCCCUUGAACUUGAGCCCUAG